AUGAACAUUCCCUCUUCGAUCGACUUACCGACUCCGCCAAUAGGACAAAAUGUAGAGGCCGCUAUCCAAGCUCUCUUACGAGCCGAUGCCGUUUGCUUCGAUGUGGAUUCGACUGUGAUUGACGAAGAAGGGAUUGAUGUUUUGGCGGAGCAUUUAGGAAAGGGACAGCAAGUGUCGGAGCUUACUCUAGCGGCCAUGGAAGGAGGCAUGAAGUUUCAAGAGGCUCUAGCGGCUCGGCUAAACUUGUUGGAACCGAGCCAGCAAGCCAUUAUGGAAUGUCUCGAGGCUCAUCCGCUUAAAUUAACUUCAGGAAUGGCUGAUCUCGUACAGGUCCUGGCAGAUCAAGGCAAACAUGUUUAUCUGGUUUCUGGCGGCUUCCGAAUUAUGAUCGAACCCGUUGCCGACGUUUUGGGUAUCAACCCUCGGAAUAUUUAUGCCAAUACCAUCUUGUUUGACGAUGCUGGGAAGUACGCUGGUUUCGAUACAAACGAGCCCACGUCUGCUGACAUGGGUAAACCCAAGGCAUUGGAAAUCAUUAAAAAACUUGGAAAUUAUGAAACAAUGAUCAUGAUUGGGGAUGGCGCAACGGAUGCCCAGGCCAAGCCUCCUGCCAACGCAUUUAUCGGAUUUGGAGGUGUUGCAGUGCGUGAAAAAGUCAAGAAAGUAGCCGAUUGGUUCGUCACAGAUUUUAGCGAUCUAUUGCAAGUGUUGCAGUACAAUGAGAAAUAGUUCUUUGGUUAAAUUGACUUGUCAUGUUGGCGAUGACAAGGCAACUGUCGGUUUUUGCCAUUAAGGACCCCUGUUUGCCC